GUCUCCCAGGCCGGGGGAAAAAACUUUCUGCUGGAUGAUGUCGCGACCUUGUCCUCCUCAGAAGCCACUCAGAAAUGAUUUGAUAGAUGAUGCUAAAGCCCGCCUACGAAAGCAUGACCUGGGGGCCAAAUAUUCUAACUUUCUUCCUAACAACUACGCCAUCCUUAUACCACUGGUGGCUAAAGAUGGGACGCUGCAUCUCUUGUUCACCCUGCGGUCAGAGAAGCUAAGAAGGUCACCCGGAGAAGUUUGCUUCCCUGGAGGCAAGCACGAACCUACAGACGCGGAUGAUGUGGCCACGGCCCUCCGGGAAGCCCAGGAGGAGGUGGGGCUGUGUCCUCAGCAAGUGAAGGUCGCAUGCCGCUUGGUGCCAUAUAUGCUUGACAAAAAGACAAUAGUAAUCCCAGUUGUCGGGUUCAUAGACCACAACUUCCAGGCCCAGCCUAACCCCGAUGAAGUGAAGACAGUGUUCCUGGUACCCCUGGAAUAUUUUCUGCACCCACAUGUCUACCAACAGUAUCAGCUGACAAAGGGUGGUCUUCAGUUUCUGUUUCAUUCCUUUGAGUACACAAACCCGGAAGAUGGGGUGACUUACCAUAUCAAAGGGAUGACAGCAAGGUUAGCAGUGCUGGUGGCCUUUAUAACUUUAGGGGGAAAACCUGCAUUUGAGGUUGACUUUAAUCUCAGUGAUCCAGUGUCAUCUGCUGAAGAGUCUUUCCUCAAGACUCAUAAACAUUUUACAAGCAACUUAUGAUGAAACCAACAGCCAAAUAACAAUCUAACAGGGUUUUGUGUAUGGUCAUCCACCAAAUAACAUUCAUGAAAACUGCUGGAAUUUGACAGGUGCAAAUAAUUUUCCUGCAAUAGCAAGGAAAAACUUGACCUUUUUUCUGGUUGUCCUCUAUUAUCUGAAAGAGCUAAAGUCUCUUGAAAGUGGAACACUGUGUUUAUAGUGUCGCAUAAUUUCACCCACAAAAUGUUAACAGUAUUUUUCUCACACAUAUGAAAAAAAGUCUGUGGCUCAUAGUUGGCCAUUAAUAAAUACCUGUUGACUAGA